AUACUUACCUUGCAUGCAGAGAUACUUAUCUCCUUCAAUCAACUUUCCCUAACAAUCAUUGCUUCUUCAAAUAUGCAUCAGUCAGAUAUUCACUGUUGAAAUAGUUUCAAACUAAGCCUAUGAGGGUGAGUUUCUCUGGUGCAAGGGAGCAAAAUCAAUAGAGACAGAGGAAUACCAGCUCAGAAAACACAAAUGUCUAAAGGUGAGACGAAAAGAACCGUUAGCUGGUUAGAAAAACAGUUUACAAUGAAAGCGAGUCGCAAUUAUGAUUCCAGUAAUGCUUUUGACUACCCAACUGCAGUAGCUGUAGCUGCAUUUGUUGUAAAAUCAAUUGAAGACAAGAGUAACGGAGACCAAAUAAAGACAAACAUUGGUGCUAAUAAAUCUUUGAGCAAGAUAAAAAGUAAAGCAGAUGAUACAAUUGGGAGACCUGAAAAGUCCACAGCUGUCAACACUUCAAAAUCAAGUUCAAAAGUUCUAGACAAAAAUGUGGUAAUACGGACAUCUACGGUGAAUCAAGAACCAGUUAACUCUAUAUCAUCUUUUAAACAGAGUGCAACCUCUUCAGAAACCAGAAAGAUGUACACCGCAGAUAAGAAAUUUCCAUCUAGACAAUCAACAUCUAAAAAAGAGAUGACAAAAGGACCAAUUACAACAAACCCUGGAGUUGGAAAUUCUAAAGCAGACAUUUGGGAGAAAGAAGAGAUGAACAAGAUCAAAGAAUGGCAUGAGAAGCUCAAUAAAGUGAUAAUUGACCGGGAGACUAAGAAGAAGAAAAAGGCAAAGCGCCACUUAGAGCAAAUUGAGGCACAAUUAGACAGGCGAAGGGCAAAGAUAAGGCAAAGUUUCUACAGUGAUAUUGGAAGGAUUGAAAACAUAGCUGGAGGUGCCAAAACACAAGCAGAGAAAAAUCAAGAAAAAGAAGAGCUUAAGGUGAAAGCGAAAGCAAAUAAAAUCAGAUCAACUGGGAAAAUACCAGGAACAUGUUUGUGCUUUUAGGCUAGUCUGAUUACAAGAAUGCCGUAAAUAUUGUACAACAAUAACAUCUGGAAGAUCUCUCUAUCUUUUAUGCAGGCAAAGGAUGCAGGGAUACUUAGUUA